AAUGCAUAAUCGCCGUUAGGGUCUACAUGGUAGCUGAUCUGCUAAAGACAAUGCUGUUGGGAGAGUUGUCAUAAUAGCUACAAAUCACGUAAUACAGCUGCUUAUUACAGGGGAAACGACCCCAACACCGUGAAGCGGACACUUCGGCAAUGGCUGAGGGAGGAACCGGGGAAUUGAGAACGAGAAACUCGGACAUCGAUAUACUAACAGGAACCCUGAGCGCGUUGGAGGUGAGUGGAUGGUACUGGGCGUCCGUUGGGAGGCAAGAAGCUGCAGCUCUUCUGGACAGUACCGAGGAAGGAACGUUCCUGGUGAGAGAUAGCGCGGACCCCGGACACCUGUUUAGCGUAAGUCUCAAAACAGCGCGCCGCGUCGCCAGCGCUCGGAUCGUGUACUCAGAAGACGGGACGUUCGGUCUGGACUCCGUGGAAAACCCGCGCGACAGUCCGCGGUUCGACUGCGUGGUGAAGCUCCUGGACUUCUACAUACGGCAGUGUUCUUCCCGGGACUCGACAAAACACUGCUGGGUGGAGCCCUGCGGAACACGGUUCCCGAUCAAACUCUCACGGCCCCUGGAGUGCAAAGUCUGCGAUCUGAAGCACCUGUGUCGUCGGGCGAUCCAUGCACACGCUCGGGAAGGCCGGCUGGGCGAUUUGCCUCUACCCGAGGAUCUCAAAGCCUAUCUGAUGGCUUACCCCUACAGGCAUUAA